GCUGAGAAGCAGAGAGAAAGAUAAGAGAUCCCAGAGAGCGCAGAAACUGCGACCCCUGUGUUUGUUUCUCCUCUCUCGUCCCUGAGUGAGGGCAGAUCACCGCACACCAGGUGCUUGGAACUCUCUACACUUUACCCAGCGGGGGAGGCUCAGUAUCUUGAUGGUAUGUAAGAUGGAACGGUUUGCUGACUUUGGCACACAGACUGAUGCAGUAGUUGUGCUUUCUUUAGCACAAGCAGCCGUUUUAGGUCUUGUGUCUGAAAAUGAACUGUUUGGAGCCACUAUCAGUCCAAGUGGUUUCUUUCCAGCUUCCAGGAGUGAGUUUUCUGAAAACGGACCUAUUGAGGCUGAGCAACCAGAAGGGGAGCCUUACUUGAAUUCAGGAGGUCGAGUGGCAGAUGAACCCCAUGAGGAUGAAGCAUUGGACUCUGAAAAACACACAAGAAGGAAGAAACGUCCACCAGUUCGACUGCUCCCAAAAAUAAAAUACGAGAAAACGGAAGAUAAUGAAUUAGAGGAAGAACAGGUCUACCAAGUCACUGUGGAAGCAAAUAAUGAACAGCAGGAACCUCAUGAAAAACUAUCAUCAGAUUCUGCACCACAGGCAGGGGAAAACACUGUACAAAGCAGUACUGUAAAAAUGAUAGAUCUCAGCACAUUUCGCAGAAGGCCAAGGAGGCUGCGGCACUUACGUGAAAGGCAGCGUCAUGAAGCAGACUCUGAUUAUAGACCUAUUUUACAACAUUCCAUCCCAAACCCAUACCCCGUUCCCCCUGUACCAAUGAUUCCAGCCAAUGCCAGUUUGGACAAUAUGCAAAGGCAAUGUGGAUUUGGCCCCUGUUUGCUGCCACCUAGUGACAAUAGAGCUCCAGUUGUAGUAUCACCUAAGCCAGAGGAACACGGGCAGAACUAUGUGUGGCAAGAACCUAAUGAGUUUGAAACUGAUACAGCUGAAUCCAUUGAACGCAACAAAAAGGCCCAGCUUGAUCGUCUUGAUAUCAAUGUCCAAAUCGAUGACUCUUAUCUGGUGGAGGCUGGUGACCACCAAAAACGCUGGCAGUGUCGUAUGUGUGAGAAAUCCUAUACCUCAAAAUACAAUCUUGUCACCCACAUUUUGGGGCACAGUGGUAUAAAACCCCACUCAUGCCCACACUGUAACAAACUCUUCAAACAACCUAGCCAUUUGCAAACACACCUCCUGACACACCAAGGCACAAGGCCACACAAAUGUGAAGUAUGUAAUAAAGCAUUCACACAGACCAGCCACCUUAAAAGGCACAUGCUACUCCACACGGACAUAAAGCCGUAUAGCUGUCGCUUCUGCGGGCGAGGGUUUGCCUAUCCCAGUGAGCUGAAAGCACAUGAAGUAAAACAUGAGAACGGCCGGUGCCAUGUUUGUGUUGAAUGUGGCUUGGACUUUGCGACCCUCACUCAGCUGAAACGCCACAUUUCAUCUCAUCAGGGGCCUACUCUGUACCAGUGUAUGGAAUGCAGCAAAUCCUUCCACUACCGCAGCCAGCUACAGAACCAUAUGUUAAAGCAUCAGAAUGUCAGACCUUUUGUUUGUAAAGAAUGUGGCAUGGAGUUCAGUCAAAUUCACCAUCUCAAGCAGCACUCUCUAACUCACAAGGGUGUCAAGGAGUUUAAGUGUGAAGUAUGUGGGCGGGAAUUCACCCUGCAUGCCAACAUGAAGCGCCACAUGCUGAUCCAUGCCAGUGUUCGUCCAUUCCAGUGCCAUAUCUGCUUUAAGACGUUUGUACAGAAGCAAACUCUGAAGACCCAUAUGAUAGUGCACUCCCCAGUCAAGCCCUUCAAAUGCAAGGUUUGUGGGAAGUCUUUUAACCGGAUGUACAAUCUGCUUGGACACAUGCACCUUCAUGCUGGAUAUAAACCCUUUAAGUGCCCGUAUUGCUCUAGCAAGUUCAACCUAAAGGGUAACCUCAGUCGUCACAUGAAAGUCAAGCAUGGCGUAAUGGAUAUCAGUUUAGAUAGCCAAGAUCCCAUGAUAGACCUUCCAGACCAAGAUACCAAUGACAUAGAAGGACAGCAGGAGAUGGAUGACUAUGAGGACAAUUCUUAUGGUUAUGGGGAAGCAGAGAAUGUGACAGAUGAACAUGCACUGACUGAGCAGUCCAUGAAAGAUAUGGUCUAUUAUAAUGUCUUAUAGAUGUGAAGAUCCUCAUCUCAAAGACAGCACAAUGGAAGUACAUUUUGAAGACUUUAUUUUUUGUAUCCUCUUGCUGUUGAAGAAAUACUUGCUAGCUCCAACUUUAUGAGUAGAGAAAAAGAGACUAUAAUUGUUCAUUGCGACCUUACCUCCUGUUCUAAUAAUAAUUGGAUAAAAGACCUAGAGGUAAAAUGUGUUGGAACCUUUCUUCUACAGGUAUUCUGAUCUGACAAAGAAAAACACUGGCUCAGGAGAUUCAUUUUCUCUAGGCUGUGAGACACCUCUUUGCCUUGCUUAGAAAAAAGUUGUGCAAUGGGACAUAAAGUGACCCGUAUUAGGGCCAAGCACAGAAUUAUGUUUUUUUGUAGUUUGAGCACUGUUUUUUUUUAACUUUUCUCUUUUUUUUUCUUUCUGGUUUUAUCAUGUUCAAUGGGGCCUAUCUAUCAAGCUCCGAAUGGAGCUUGAUGGCCCGUGUUUCUGGCGAGCCUGCAGGCUCGCCAGAAACAGCAGUUAUGAAGCAGCGGUCACAAAGACCGCUGCUCCAGAACCCUGUCCACCUGCUCUGAGCAGGCGGACAGACAUCGCCGGAAUUCAACCCGAUCAACUAUGAUCGGGUUGAUUGACACCUCCCUGCUGGCGGCCUAUUGGCUGCGAGUCUGCAGGGGGCAGCGUUGCACCAGCAGCUCUUGUGAGCUGCUGGUGCAAUGCUGAAUACGUAGAGCGUAUUGCUCUCUGUAUUCAGCGAGGUCUGGCGGACCUGAUCAGGUCCGCCAGACUUUGUUAAAUAGAGGCCAAUGUGUCCUCUGAACUUAACUAAAAGACAGCACUGCAGUGUUAAUGCUAUUGUAUGAACAUUGCUUUGGUUUCAUAUUCAGAAGUGCUUUGUCUAACACUGAGGGGGACCUACACGGGGCAGGAUUUCAGCAUAGAAAAAAUGUGAAUUAACACAGCCCUCCAUCUUGACAAUAAUAUCCACUGUUUUAGGUUAAAGAAUGUCCUUCUGAAAGUGUCUCAGACAAGAAUAAUCCCUUCUGCUAAUUGGAGGGCUGAGCUGUAUAGCACUGCUAAUAUAGACCUAUUACCUACUUGCUGAUAUCCAAGAAAAAGGAGCACCAACUUUAGAAAUACUUUUAUACAGGAGUGAAGGGAGAGCUUGUUUUAUGUAAACUGUAGCACACUGUAUUCUACCUCUUUGUUGCUCAUACUUUUGUUUUUGCUUAUUAGAUGGAAGCUCUUUCGCUUCUCCAUUAAAAAUUUUGCUGCCCAAGUUAUUGUAUAAAGGAGAAUAUGAAUGUACAAACAAUGUAGUUAAUUUAUUUUGUGGCUUUAAAACUAUGUUAUUAAGACAUGAAUGAAGAAAACUUCGUUUAUAUCUAAGGUUUUGUUUUUGUUUGUUUUUUUCUUAAGGGUAAAUUGCAGUCAUAUCUAACAAAUACCUGUGAAAUUCUGUAGAUCUAUAAUAUACAAGAAUGUUUUUGGGAAAGAACAUACAUGUAGGUAAAAUAUUGUUGUGCACCUUAUGCUUAUUUCAGUUUAAUACUCCAAUUAUUUUCUUAGCUUUAUGGCCAGUAUGUAUGUAAAUGGCUCGGAUAUUGGGAAAAACACAGUAACUUUGUAUCUGUCAGUGAGUGACAUCUGUCAUCCUAAAAUUCAAAGGGACAUUAAGUACUAAAUAAAUGCUGUAUUCGAAUCAAA